CAGCGGCGCCGGUGGUUCGAGCCCCCGGUCACAGUGGAAGUUGCCUCCGCCGAGAGAAGCGCAGGAAGCGGGUUCGGGACUCGCCACGUUCCGCUGCUUCACACCGGAGACAUGAGGCGGAAGGAGAAGCGGCUGCUGCAGUUCACCGGGCUGCUGGUGGCGGCUCUGCUCUUCUUCCCCAACGUGGGGCUGUGGUCUCUGUACCGGGACCGAGUCUUCGACAACUCGGCCGACACGGCGGAGGCUCCCGGAGGAUUCCCCCCGAUACAGGGCGUCAACCGGGUGGCGAAGGAUGCUCAGGUGGGACGUGACGGCGUGCGGAGGAAAGACUGGCACGACUACGACACACGUGAAACCUUUGUUGCAGGUAAUGGAGAACAGGGGAAGGCGUUCCCCCUCACAGACUCUGACCGGGUCGAUCAGGCGUACAGAGAGAACGGGUUCAACAUCUACGUCAGUGACCGGAUUUCCCUGAACCGCUCCGUGCCCGACAUCCGGCAUCCGAACUGCAAACUGAAGCUGUAUUCGGAGAAGCUCUCCAACACCAGCAUCAUCAUCCCGUUCCAUAACGAGGGCUGGUCGUCGCUGCUGAGGACCGUUCACAGCAUCCUGAACCGCUCGCCUCCACACCUCAUCGCCGAGAUCAUCCUGGUCGACGACUUCAGCGACAAAGAGCACCUGAAGUCGGCGCUGGAGGAGUACAUGGUGCGGCUGCCGAAGGUCCGGAUCAUGAGGACCAAGAAGAGGGAGGGGCUGAUCCGGACUCGGCUGCUGGGAGCCGCGGCCGCUAAAGGAGAAGUCAUCACUUUCCUGGACUCUCACUGUGAGGCCAACGUCAACUGGCUGCCUCCGCUGCUGGACCGAAUCGCCAAGAACAGGAAGACCAUCGUUUGCCCGAUGAUCGACGUGAUCGACCACGACAACUUUGGCUACGAGACGCAGGCGGGCGACGCCAUGCGAGGAGCGUUCGACUGGGAGAUGUACUACAAACGAAUCCCCAUCCCCGCAAAGCUGCAGAAUGACGACCCCAGUGAGCCCUUCGAGUCUCCAGUGAUGGCAGGCGGACUCUUCGCUGUGAACACGAAGUGGUUCUGGGAACUGGGAGGAUAUGACACGGGUCUGGAGAUCUGGGGAGGAGAACAGUACGAGAUCUCCUUCAAGGUGUGGAUGUGUGGUGGUCGGAUGGAGGACAUCCCCUGCUCCAGGGUGGGACACAUCUACAGGAAGUACGUCCCCUACAAGGUCCCUGGAGGAGUCAGUCUUGCUAAGAACCUGAAGCGCGUGGCCGAGGUGUGGAUGGACGAAUACGCCGAGUACAUCUACCAGCGUCGGCCCGAGUACCGCCACCUGUCGGCGGGAGACAUGACAGUGCAGAAGGAGCUGAGGAACCGGCUCAACUGCAAGAACUUCAAGUGGUUCAUGAGCGAGGUGGCGUGGGACCUGCCCAAGCACUACCCACCGGUGGAGCCCCCUGCUGCUGCCUGGGGGGAGAUCCGUAACGUGGGCAGUGGGAUGUGCAUGGAGAGUAAACACUUUGUGUCAGGGAGCCCCGUCCGUAUGGAGAGCUGCAUCAAGGGACGGGGGGAGGUGAGCUGGAGCCACGGACAGGUGUUUACGUUCGGCUGGAGGGAGGACAUCCGGGUGGGCGACCCCAUGCACACUAAAAAGGUCUGCUUCGACGCCGUCUCCCACAACAGCCCCGUCACCCUGUACGACUGCCACGGCAUGAAGGGCAACCAGCUGUGGCGCUACAGGAAGGACAAGAGUCUGUAUCACUCCGUCAGUAACGGCUGCAUCGACAGCAGCCCCAACGAGCGGCGCAUCUUCAUGAACACGUGCGACUCGUCCUCGCCGAGCCAGCAGUGGAUAUUCGAGAAAACCAACGCCACCAUGCUGGACCAUUUCAACCAGGGCGCCAACUGAGGCGCUGCGGCGUCCAAGAGAAAAGGACUUGUGACGCACGAAGACGCCGAUCUGCUGCUGCUGCUGCUGGGAUAAGGGAUUUUACGUUCCCUCUGGUUUCCUUCUUUACCUGGCGCUGAGGUUACAGCUGUUUCUGUUCGGGGCGCCUGGAAUGAGGCAGGCUGGGAAACUGUCGGGGGGGGGGUGGUUGGUUAAACACGUCAGUCAGUUGAGCUGUGAUUGAUGCGUUUGUGUAUCAAAGUGACUUUGUGCGUUUGUUGUGUCACAGCGGCGCUGUGGCCCCGGGUCUGUCCACUUCCUGAUUUUGCUGUUGAUUAUUGGUUUCACAUUCCUCUCCUCUCUCUUCUCUUCUGUUUCUUUCUUUCUCCUAACCCCCCUCUGUUUCCUCUCCCUGGUUCUCACCUCUGUCUUUGCACCUUUAUCCUCUGUGUCCAUUUCUGUCCCCCGUCCUGUCUCCACUGAUCUGCCUCAGCCGGCACGUCCGUCUCCAUCUGCCUGCGUGACUGCACCUUUGCCCACCUUCUCCAUUGUCCUCUCAAAUCCCCUCAUGUCUCUGCAGCUCUGACAACCUCCCUGGAGGGGGGGGGGCGCAAAGUCAUCGUGACACCUGGGUGAAUCCAGGCAGAACCACUCUGAAAAUCACCAGGUGAACUGAUUCUCCCUUAUCCUCCCUCUGUCUCCUCCUCCCCUCCUCCGCCCCUCGGCCUGAGACGCUCUCGUUCUCCUCCGGUCUGUUUGGGCAGAUGCUGCUUUGAACGUAGCAGGUGGAAGUUGAUAAGGAAAUAAGGAAAUGACUUCCUCCUCCUCCUCCCCCUCCCCCUCCCCCUCCUCCUCCUCCUCCUCCUCCUUCCUCGCUGUAUUUAUCGAUGAGUCGUCCCCUUGUUUGUCACUGUGCCACAUUCGUUUAUCCCCCCCGUGGCGAGCGCUCAUCUUAUCACCGGGGUUUAUGCAAGAGGACCAUUAGUGGCGAAGGGCUUGUUUGUUGUUGUGGCUGUGAUGUGGGUGGGGGGGGUUAGGAGCUGCUGUCACACCUCUCCGACUCUCUGCUCCGCGCUCGGUCGCCCAAACGACCUCGUCACAGACGGCCGAGCGCGGGGUCACGUCAGCUCGGGGCUCGAUAACCAGGCACAUGACAGGACGGGUCAGCUGGUUCACAGCAGGGCCGCCCGAUUGGCCGGCUGCCCGAGCUGACGCGUCACUUUAGCGAACAGAGAGACGGACGGUCGGGCUGAAUGUGAGGCUUCAAAAUGCAUAAAGCACUUGUGUCAUGAUAAACUUGAACGAAAUCUUAGUGCCUUGUUGGAAGAGGACUCGUGAGUGUGUGUGUGUGAGAGUGUGUGAGAGUGUGUGUGUGUGAGUGUGUGUGUGUGUGUGUGUGUGUCCAGAGAAGCGUAGGGAACAAUUCACCCGACUCCAGAAGUGACUUUUCCUAGAAGCUGGAAUCUUUGUCCAGCGUCGUCUCCUCCGGACUCGUCUCCUCCGGCGCUCCGGGCCCUGAAGGCACCUCAGACUCUUUUUGAACACGUGUCCCUUCUGUGAGUCGAGCUCAAGAGACGUUUCCUGUCCGUCAUACUUUCUCCUGCCUUGAACUACAGCCCUGACCAGACCUCUGUUGUACUUUAAUCACGAUGCUGUGUUUGCUUUUGCUUUUCCCACUUUUACAAUCCAAAGUCUUUUAUGGGAAAGGGAAUUAUUGUCUUUUACCAGCUGUUUGAAUCCCUGUUGGGUUUUUUUAAUGAUUUAAUAAUUUAGUGUUCUGUCACCCCCACUCUCUAAUCAGACUUUAUGAAGCAGAGCUACAGUUCGUACACUUUGUCCCGUUUUAAUAAUCAGAUCCAGGUUUCGUGCUGUAGUCGAUUUUUUUUAACCAAAACCAAAAAGACGCAUCUUUUAACAAUCCUCAGUCAUUAUGUUUUUAUUUUGUCGUAACAGCGAGUCUUAAUAAUGUGAAACUGGCUGUUCUGUAGAAAUGUGUCACAUUAGGAAACUUUCACAUUUUAUCACCAAUUCAAAUAUCCGUCAUUAUCAAGAUUGUGCAUCACAAAACUGAAUCGUUCACACAAACACCAGUGUCAAUCAAGAGUCGUUUCCUCAUCUGCUUCAGACGUCAGAGUUUUAAUUGGAAUCCGAACUUGCUCGGUGAAACAGAAAGUUAAUUCUCAGUUUAAACUCUCCCCUCGUGUUUCAAUAGACUUUAUUUCAGAUUCAGCAUCUUCUUCCUCUCGCCUGUGAGUUCCUCUCGUGUCUUUACCUCUUCGACCUUCACACUCUGCCACAACUCGCACAUGUUCACAUUGUGAAGAGAUGCGUCACCGUCACCUCACACCGCUGCUGGAGCCUCGUUUCCAUGGCGACGGCAACACGUCUGACCUUUCCACGCCCCCCCCUGAUCUCCAACAGUUCCCACGUUUCCUCUUUUUCCUUCGACACGCGGCCACGGUGACGGUGUUUUGAAAAAUCACGUUGGGAUCAUUGGUGCAUUCUGGGCUGUUCAAUCAUAUGACUUUAUUUUGAAGGAUGAUUUACAUAUUGUACUGGUUUAAGGGUUGAAAUGAGACACUGGUUUAAAUAUUUUUUUUUAUCUGAAAGAGAGAGAAAUCAAUGUAAAAGUCUCUUUUCUUGUUUUGUAUAGAGAACAUCUGGUUUGCUCUGAAUGAAACCUCUGGCAUUUUAAUUUAAGGUAUAAAAAUUCUACAAAAGUUUUAAAUUCUGCAGAUUCUCGGAGCGUUUUCGCCUCUUUGAGCUUUAGUUUUGGUUUCAAGCCGCAUUUCAUCACUUUCUUUAAGACGUUAUGAAUAUGAGUUUGAGACCAGCAGGUUGUUUGUAAACUGAUCUGGUUCAGAAGGUUCAGAGCAAAACAAGAGGACGUGACACGAAAUCCAAUUAAACAAUCAACCUCCUCUUUUCAUUUUGGUUUUUACGAGACAUUAAAACAUAAAAGGUUUCUCUCCUUAUGUUAAACUGUUAAAGUUUGUUCUUUCUUCCCUUUGUGGUUAAUUAUUAAAAACAAAUCCUAACUGAAGCCCCUUUAUACUAAAUAUAAUAAGUUUAAAUUGUUUAGGUUUCCAUAAUGUCUAAAUUAAGUUAUAUGAUUUCAAACAGGUUUUAUUUUCCAGUGAUAUCGAAAUACAUUUUUCCCCACCAUGUUGUUUUCAGGCUAAAAUUUGUCAACAAAUGUUAUUUUUUAGGAGUAAAAGGUUUUUAAUGUCCAGCGUCGGCCAGCUACACAACAGUGUGUACGUGUGUACAUGUGUGUUUGUGUAGGAACGUGUACAUUUUGUAUCUCGUGAAAAAAAAAAAAAAAAAAGAUCCGGUAUUUUUUUCUACUGACAUUGCAACUGUAAAAGUGUAUUUAGAUAUUUAACAGACUGUACGAUUAAACUGGAAUUGUAUGAUAUUUUUUCUGGACAUUGUAAAAAUAAAAGGUUUCUAUAUUUGGAUGAAAA